UGCGAGGCCCCAUUCCUGUCACCUUUAUUCACCAUCUUAAGAGGCUCAUCCCGUAAAUGGCUGCUACUCCUCAUAACUCGCAACAAAACACUCUUCAUGCAUGUGCUGCUCCAUGACAGAACCUUCUCUACCCACACAACUACACCAACCCCACUCCGGCCACCAAAGACAAAAUCUCUCCUUCUCUCCGCCAAACCAUCCACAAAUCUUCAAGACUGAAUUGAACUAUUCAACUCCUUAGCAUCCUAUGAUAAUAUGGACAUCAGCCCAUCAUAUUGCAACAUAUAGGAAUGGUAUAUUCUACUACCAGUCGGUCCCUUCUUCCAGCUUCCUGCGCAGCUCCGGCCUCAAUUUCUUAAUCCAGUAUUGCACACCGCCACUCCUCACACUCCCAUGGUUCCCUUCCUUCAACCAUGCCUUCUAGUCCAGACCUCCACUACUCCAUCCCAAGGUGGUUUGGAAUAUUCAGGCGACGAUCAGUUCAACCCGACAACGGCGAAGACGCCGAUGACUACAACAACCCCUUCUCAAACUCAGGGGAAUGCUACGCCUGUACUCAGGUAGGCGUCCCCGUUUUCCACUCCACCAGCUGUGACAAGGCCCACCAGCCCCAGUGGGAGGCCUCUGCCGGUUCCUCGCUAAUCCCUAUCCGGAACCGCCCCGGCCAGUUAUCCACCCAGAAGUGCUCCAUCCCCAUCUCCCGCGGACGUGUCUUGGACCCUCGGAGCAAGAGCGUGCAAAGUUGGAACCGGGCUUUCUUGCUGGCACGUGGCAUGGCCUUGGCCGUCGACCCCCUUUUCUUUUAUGCCUUAUCCGUCAGCACCGGUGGUUGGCCGUGCCUGUACAUGGACGGCGGGUUGGCGGUAGUUGUCACCGUUCUUCGGACUUGCGUGGACGCUGUUCACCUCUGUCACCUGUGGCUCCAGUUUCGGUUGGCCUACGUGUCCCGAGAGUCUCUCGUGGUAGGAUGUGGGAAACUCGUGUGGGACGCUCGUGCAAUUGCCUUCCACUACCUUCGCUCCCUCAAAGGCUUCUGGUUCGAUGCUUUCGUAAUUCUCCCUAUUCCCCAGGCGGUGUUUUGGUUACUGGUGCCGCGAUUGAUAAGGGAUGAGCAGAUAAAACUGAUAAUGACAAUUUUACUACUGAUUUUCUUGUUCCAGUUCCUCCCCAAGGUCUAUCACAGCAUAAGCCUGAUGAGAAGAAUGCAAAAGGUUACUGGUUAUGUCUUUGGCUCCAUCUGGUGGGGUUUUGGCCUUAAUCUCAUAGCCUACUUCAUAGCUUCUCAUGUUGCUGGCGGCUGUUGGUACAUUCUUGCAGUACAACGUGUUGUUUCAUGCCUCAGGCAGCAGUGUGACGGAAAAAGCACGUGUAAUUUCUCUCUAACCUGCUCGAAUGGCGUCUGCUACCAGUUUCCACUACCAGCAGGCACUUUGGGAAGCCCCUGUGGCGGUAACUCAACAACAACAGUCGGAAAGUCUUUGUGCCUAGACGUUAAUGGACCAUUCAGAUAUGGAAUAUACAAAUGGGCUCUUCCAGUCGUUUCUAGCAAGUCUGUCUCUGUUAAGCUACUUUAUCCAAUCUUCUGGGGAUUGAUGAGCCUGAGCACAUUUGGGAACGACCUAGAACCAACGAGUCACUGGCUGGAAGUGAUCUUCAGUAUAUGCAUAGUACUGAGUGGCUUGAUGCUUUUCACUCUUCUGAUUGGAAAUAUUCAGGUCUUUCUACAUGCGGUCAUGGUAAGGAAGAGGAAGAUGCAGUUGAGAUGCCGAGAUUUGGAGUGGUGGAUGAAGCGAAGGCAAUUGCCAUUUCAACUGAGGCAGAGAGUUCGUCACUAUGAACGCCAGAGGUGGAGAGCCAUGGGUGGAGAAGAUGAAAUGGAGCUAAUUAAGGAUCUACCAGAAGGAUUAAGAAGGGACAUUAAGCGCUUUCUCUGUCUUGACUUAAUAAAGAAGGGUCCUCUGUUCCACAGUCUGGAUGAUCUCAUCCUUGACAACAUCUGUGACCGCGUUCAUCCCCUCGUCUUCUCCAGAGAUGAAAAGAUAACAAGGGAAGGAGACCCUGUGCAGCGAAUCGUAUUCAUUGUUCGCGGACGCGUGAAGAGUCAUCAAGGACUCAGUAAAGGGAUGGUAGCCACAAGCAUACUCGAACCAGGGGGCUUCUUGGGGGAUGAACUUCUUUCAUGGUGCCUGCGCCGCCCUUUCAUAGAAAGACUUCCAGCUUCCUCUGCAACGUUCACCUGUCUUGAAUCAACAGAAGCAUUUGCUCUUUAUGCGCACGAUCUGCGGUACAUAACCGAUCACUUCCGUUACAAAUUCAACAACGAACGACUUAAACGAACAGCUCGAUAUUAUUCCUCCAAUUGGAGGACCUGGGCUGCUGUGAAUAUACAGCUUGCUUGGCGACGUCACAGGACAAGAACAAGGCCUCCACUGAACCAUGUGAUGGAAAAUGGAGAUGCUGAUACUCGCCUGAGACAGUAUGCUGCAGUGUUCAUGUCAAUCAGACCACACGAUCAUCUUGAAUAAACAGCAAGUGCUGCGAUUUCAAUUCUUUUUUUUUUUGUGGUUUUUUCAAUUUCAAGCUAAUAAAUUUGUAUGCUUCAUUCAAGAUGUGGAUUAUUACCUUUUUCACAAGGACGAAAGGAGAAGUAUUUCGUUUGCUCGUGUAAGUAUGAAUUCGACUUCUGAUGCUCCAUCCAUCAGUGCAA